AUGAAUUGGAGCUGGGUGGUUGUGGCAGUCCUUCUGUCUUGCGGGGGACCGUCAUGGGGUGAGGAGGGUUUGGACUUCCCUGAGUACGAUGGCAAGGACCGGGUCAUCGAGCUAACUACCAAGAACUACAAGUCUGUGAUGAAGAAGUAUGAUGUGAUGGUUCUGUACUACCAUGAGCAUCCCGGAACAGACACCGUUUCCCAGAAACAGUUUGAGAUCGAGGAACUGGCCCUAGAGGUGGGUCAGGGGACUGGGAGAACCAGAUCAGGGGUCUGGGCGGACUUGGUCAGGGGAGUGGGAGGACUUGGUUAGGGGACUGGGAAAAAUGGGUCAGGGGGCUGGGAGGACUGGAUCAGUGGGCUGGAAGGACUUGGUGAGGGGGCUGGGAGGACUUGGUUAGGGGAUUGAGAGUACUUGGUUAGAGGACUGGGAAAAAUGGGUCAGGGGACUGGGUCAGGGGUCUGGGAGGACUGGUUCAGGGGGCUGGGAGGACUGGGUCAGGCGCUUGGGAGGACUUGGGCAACUGGGUGGGGGAUGGUGAGGAGAAGGAAGGGGUAACUGGGAGGUAGAAGUGGGACACAGUGCCUGGAUAGGGAUGCAUCAUCUCUGCUAUAACUGAUCAAUGCAUUGAUACAUUAUGGAGUGUGUAAUAAGUGUGUAAUAAGGGCUAUGUGGAUACAGACAGCAUUGACAGGUAACUAAGUGUUGUUGUUAAGGGUAAGACAACUCAAAUGUGACCUUUGCCACAAUUUUCACAACAAAGAUGAGGAUGAUUGAAAUUAAGAUGUUCAAGGCAAGAGAUAAGAAGCAACAGUUACAAGGGUCAGACAUUUAAAUUGAUUUGGACAGUUCAUUACAUUUGAAAGGCUUUUUAGAGAAUUAAUUAGUCAUCAAGGUAGAUGGGUAGAGGCAGACGAGAUAUAGUCCAUGGGCCUGCAGAAACAUUUGUCCACUUUGGUGUGGCAAAGGUUUGAUGGUAUUAAAUUGUUCCCCACAAGACCCUGAUCAAAUUGAUAUAUGAUAGCCACACUUUUAUAUAUCUUGUUUUAUAGGAGUCUAUGCAAUGGAAUGAAUGUUCGCAGGCUGAUAAAGGAAUGUUGAGCCAAGUAGGGAUGUUCACAUGCUUAUUGAAAAUGACUGUAUCAAACAACAAUAGAACAUUCUAUUGGGUGGAUCUCAUCUUAAAAAUUUGGAGAAAAGAAAUUGCUAUCAGAUCGAAUGAUUUACCUAGACUGGCUCAUCAUUGAAACAAUGUUACAAAUAGCAGAACUACUUUUUUUUUUACAGAAAUUGGUCAUACUGGGAAAUAAUACAAGUCCGAGAUAUCAAAAUCUGGUAGCGUAUUGGUUUUAUAGUUGCCACCUGCAAUAGUACUCAGCAGUACUCAGCUAAGAUAAAAGGUGUGCUCUGUCAUUUGUUGAGUAGUCCCAGCAAGUUAACACAAAGAUGUAGGUAAUCACAAUUAUCUCUAAAAAGGAGCAUUGGUGAUUAUAAUCUCUUCUGUCCCUGACCAUCAUGAUUUUAAAAUGAUGCUCUCUAACCUUACAAGUUAUUUCAUGAAAUACAGUGAACUCCAAAAGUAUUGGGACAGCUUUGUUUCUUUUUUUGGCUCUGUACUCCAGCAUUUUGAAUUUGAGGGUAUUUUCAUCCAUAUCGGGUGAAUCGUUUAGAAAUUACUGAACUUUCUGUACAUAGUCACUCCAUUUUAGGAACCAAAAGUAUUGGGACAAAUUCACUUAUGUGUAAUAAAGUAGUAAAAAGUUAUGUAUUUGGUCCCAUAUUCAUAGCACACAAUCACUACAUCAAGCUUGUGACUCUACAACUUUGUUGGAUGCAAUUGCUGUUUGCUUUGGUUGUGUUUCAGAUAAUUUUGUGCCCAAUAGAAAUUAAUGGUAAAUAAUGUAUGAUAUUUGUGCGCCUGUAACUUUAUCACUCAUCAUUAUUCAUUAUUCAUUUAGGAUGAUCCGUAACCGGGUUAGCAUCCACAUUAAUGUAGAAGUGUUUAGAAACACAUUCUAUUCUUAUUUACAAUAAAAAUGACUCCAAAAUGACACAAUACAUUAUUUACCAUUCAUUUUUCUUGGGCACAAAAUAAUCUGAAACACAACCAAAACAAACAGAAAAUGCACCCAACAAAUGUGUAGAGUCAUACGCUUGAUGUAGUGAUUGUGUGCUAUGAAUAUGGGACCAAAUAUUGAACUUUUUACUACUUUAAUACACAUAUAAGUGAAUUUGUCCUAAUACUUUUGGUCCCCUAAAAUGGGAGGACUAUGUACAAAAAGUGGUGAAAUUUCUAAACGGUUCACCCGAUAUGGAUGAAGAUACCCUCAAAUUAAAGCUGACAGUCCUCACUUGAACCUCACUAGUCAUUGUAUCAUUUCAAAUCCAAAAUGCUGGAGUACAGAGACAAAACAACGUGUGUCACUGUCCCAAUAUCUUUGGAGCUCACUGUAUGUUCCCUAAUCAGUUUGUAGCCAUUAGUUCAGUGGCUGGUUGACAAAUUUAAUAGAAAUCAUGUAAUUGGUUAUUAGAAAAAAUCCAGCCUUUUAGCAAUUGGACCAUUGCUGAUACCCUCGAGAACCCUCAGCAGCCACCAACAAUGCAUAUUUCAGUAGGCCCUAUACUACAAUAUAUAUUUUUUCAUAAAUAGUGUAACUAGACACCAUCUAUAAAGGCUGUAAACCUAAGGCUUUAAUACUUCACCAGCUAUGUAAAUUGAUGCGCUCAUCAGGCAGUUUAUUAGAAUGUUAUGUUGGAAUGCACUGUAUAUGACAGUAUUCAAGACAGAUUUUAUAUUUAAGCAAUAAUUCAUGAGGGGGUGUGGUAUAUGACUUGCCUAGUUAAAUAAAAUAAAAUAAAUAAAUAUGGCCAAUAUAACACGGCUAAGUGCUGUUCUUAUGCACGACGCAACGUGGAGUCCCUGGAUACAGCCCUUAGCAGUGGUAUAUUGGCCAUAUACCACAAACCCCCGAGGUGCCUUAUUGCUAUUAUAAACUGGUUACCAACAUAAUUAGAGCAGUAAAAAUAAAUGUUUUGUCAUACCCGUGGUAGAUGGUCUGAUAUACCACGGCUGUCAGCCAAUCAGCAUUCAGGGCUCGAACCACCCAGUUUUAUAAUUAACUAAUAUAUUAUUAAUAUAUAUUAUUAUUAUAUCAUUAUAAUUAUUACAAACCAGUGAACGAUUCUGUUAUAAAUAUUAUAGACCUUAUUUUUUUUAAUUUUUUUAUAAAAUCUAUAAAAAUUUGGGAACCAAAUACUGACCAAAAACGUUUUUAUGAAUAGUGUUUAUGACAAAUUUUUAGAAAACCUUUGCUAAUAUUUUACAAAGAUGAUAUGUUUUGCAAACCUGGCUAAAUUGGUUGUGUUAUCUGCAUAUAACUAUAAUAUUUUUUUAAAUUAUCAUUAGGCAUAUUCCACCUAUUAUUGAAAGAGUUGUGGCAAUGACAGACCAAUCCAAUUAAUCUAAUGUAUUUGAAAUGGCUACAAAACUCAGCAAUUCUGACAGAUUUGUUGGCAUGUUUUUACCACUAUUAUGGUAAUACUUUGCUAAACACAUAUAACUGACAUACUUGGGGCAUCAUUUUGGGUUGUCCUCAUUGUAACACACUUUUUAAGCCAUUAUUGGUCUUAUUACAUCAAUUAUUUAUUCAGUUAUGGCCAUGCAGAAUCAAUGCAGUUCCUUCCCAUUGAAAUGAAUGGCGGCCAUCUUGAAAAUAGGCUCCUGGGACUGAUUAUUGACUAAAUCUAUGAUGGCUCUAUAUAGCUAAAACAAAAACGUCCCCAAUGGCUCUCCUUGUUCUGUGUGAAAUUUGGUGUAGUUAUCAUCUAGGGUACGAAAGAAAAAGUAUGAAAAUGUAUGCACUCACUACUGUAAGUUGCUCUGGAUAAGAGCGUCUGAUAAAUGACUAAAAUGUAAAAAUAAAAUAAAAAGAUAAUAGAGCACAUCCCAAUACUGUCCAUUCUGGCUCGAUAUACCCCAAAAUGCAUAUAUACAGUGGGGAAAAAAAGUAUUUAGUCAGCCACCAAUUGUGCAAGUUCUCCCACUUAAAAAGAUGAGAGAGGCCUGUCAUUUUCAUGAUAGGUACACAUCAACUAUGACAGACAAAAUGAGAAAAAAAAUUCCAGAAAAUCACAUUGUAGGAUUUUUAAUGAAUUCAUUUGCAAAUUAUGGUGGAAAAUAAGUAUUUGGUCAAUAACAAAAGUUUCUCAAUACUUUGUUAUAUACCCUUUGUUGGCAAUGACACAGGUCAAACGUUUUCUGUAAGUCUUCACAAGGUUUUCACACACUGUUGCUGGUAUUUUGGCCCAUUCCUCCAUGCAGAUCUCCUCUAGAGCAGUGAUGUUUUGGGGCUGUCGCUGGGCAACACAGACUUUCAACUCCCUCCAAAGAUUUUCUAUGGGGUUGAGAUCUGGAGACUGGCUAGGCCACUCCAGGACCUUGAAAUGCUUCUUACGAAGCCACUCCUUCGUUGCCCGGGCGGUGUGUUUGGGAUCAUUGUCAUGCUGAAAGACCCAGCCACGUUUCAUCUUCAAUGCCCUUGCUGAUGGAAGGAGGUUUUCACUCAGAAUCUCACGAUACAUGGCCCCAUUCAUUCUUUCCUUUACACGGAUCAGUCGUCCUGGUCCCUUUGCAGAAAAACAGCCCCAAAGCAUGAUGUUUCCACCCCCAUGCUUCACAGUAGGUAUGGUGUUCUUUGGAUGCAACUCAUCAUUCUUUGUCCUCCAAACACGACGAGUUGAGUUUUUACCAAAAAGUUAUAUUUUGGUUUCAUCUGACCAUAUGACAUUCUCCCAAUCCUCUUCUGGAUCAUCCAAAUGCACUCUAGCAAACUUCAGACGGGCCUGGACAUGUACUGGCUUAAGCAGGGGGACACGUCUGCCACUGCAGGAUUUGAGUCCCUGGCGGCGUAGUGUGUUACUGAUGGUAGGCUUUGUUACUUUGGUCCCAGCUCUCUGCAGGUCAUUCACUAGGUCCCCCCGUGUGGUUCUGGGAUUUCUGCUCACCGUUCUUGUGAUCAUUUUGACCCCACGGGGUGAGAUCUUGCGUGGAGCCCCAGAUCGAGGGAGAUUAUCAGUGGUCUUGUAUGUCUUCCAUUUCCUAAUAAUUGCUCCCACAGUUGAUUUCUUCAAACCAAGCUGCUUACCUAUUGCAGAUUCAGUCUUCCCAGCCUGGUGCAGGUCUACAAUUUUGUUUCUGGUGUCCUUUGACAGCUCUUUGGUCUUGGCCAUAGUGGAGUUUGGAGUGUGACUGUUUGAGGUUGUGGACAGGUGUCUUUUAUACUGAUAACAAGUUCAAACAGGUGCCAUUAAUACAGGUAACGAGUGGAGGACAGAGGAGCCUCUUAAAGAAGAAGUUACAGGUCUGUGAGAGCCAGAAAUCUUGCUUGUUUGUAGGUGACCAAAUACUUAUUUUCCACCAUAAUUUGCAAAUAAAUUCAUAAAAAAUCCUACAAUGUGAUUUUCUGGAUUUUUUUCCCUCAAUUGUCUGUCAUAGUUGACGUGUACCUAUGAUGAAAAUUACAGGCCUCUCUCAUCUUUUUAAGUGGGAGAACUUGCACAAUUGGUGGCUGACUAAAUACUUUUUUCCCCCACUGUAUGUAUGACCUGUGACCCCCCCCCCCCAAGGUGGGCCCAUAGAUAUGUCAUUACCAUUCCAAUUGUUUCAUACCUUAUUAAGUUAAUAACAUGUCAGUUGCCUUAGAUUGAGAAGAUUGCUCCCUGAUAAUACAAAAUUACAUUUCAUACACUCAAUCCUGUUGGCCCAACUAACCGCAUAGGGGUCAUAACAUAUAAUGCAGUGAUAGCCACAUUUAGCUACCUCCGACAUUUUUUUAUUUUAUUUAUUUAUUUAGCAGACGCUCUUGGCUGUCAUACCAAAAUAUAACCCACAGACAUGGACCUUAAUGAAAAUCAUCAUUAGACUUUUCCACCCCAAAGUGGACAAAUUUGUGUAAUGUGGCCCUCAGGCCCAUGGACUAAUAGCAAUAGGAAUUAAUAAUCAGCUGAUACUAUGAAUUGCCAAUUGAGCACCACUGCCUGAAGGGGACUGUAGGGGGUAGUAUAUUGACCCACCUGCUGAUCCAGGAAUCUAUUGGUUGCUGGAAAUAUCCCUGGGAUGUAUUGUUUUAAGACUGACUCAUGGUUGUGUGGUCUUAGAUGAAAUGGGAGAUGGCAGGGAUGGGCAUGUCUUUGAGGAAUGGUGAGGGGCAGGAAUUAGUGCAGCGACAUUGAGAAAACAAAAAUGUGUCACGUGCCUAUGGCAUGCAAAAACAACAACCUUUAGAGGCAAAGUGCUGAGUCGCGAGGACACGAGAUCCCAUCACCCGUCCUGGAAAACAGUCAACAGUACAGAUAGCCUAUCUCAACAGGUCAAACUGUUUAUGUCACAAACAUGGCAUGGACAGAAGUAGCAGGACCUCAAGUCAUCAGCUGAUCUGAUUUACAAUCCAUCAAAAAUAAUCUCCUCCCUCUUCCUAAUAUCUAUCAGAAAUGUACAUUUCUGAAUAUUCUGUACAUAUUGAUAUGUUGAGUUGAUCCAGAUGUGUGUACAUGGGCAUAUUUCUAUGUUGAUGUUGCUGUGUGUGUGUGUGUCUUUAUGUGACCCUGUUCUUUGAAGUACGCCCCUCACUACAUUCAGUACCAGUCAAAAGUUUGGACACACCUACUCAUUCAAGGGUUUUUCUUUAUGUUUUACUAUUUUCUACAUUGUACAAUAAUAGUGAAGACACCAAACUAUGAAAUAACACAUAUGGAUUCAUGUAGUAACCAAAAAAGUGUUAAACAAAUCAAAAUAUAUUUUAGAUUCUUCAAAGUAGCCACCCUUUGCCUUGAUGACAGCUUUGCACACUCUUGGCAUUCUCUCAACCAGCUUCACCUGGAAUGCUUUUCCAACAAUCUUGAAGGAGUUCCCACAUGCUGAGCACUUGUUGGCUGCUUUUCCUUCACUCUGCGGUCCAACUCAUCCCAAACCAUCUCAAUUGGGUUGAGGUCGGGGGAUUGUGGAGGCCAGAUCAUCUGAUGCAGCACUCCAUCACUCUCCUUCUUGGCCAAAUAGCCCUUACACAGCCUGGAGGUGUGUUGGGUCAUUGUCCUGUUGAAAAACAAAUGAUGGUCCCACUAAGCGCAAACCAGAUGGGAUCGCACGAAGUGAGCUGGCAACCAGAGGGUUGCUGGUAUCAAAACCUUGAUGCUAUUGCCUGCUGUUGUGCCCUUGAGCAAGGCACUUAACCGCUCACAACAACAGCUCCCCGGAAUCCCUGUGGCACCCCCCCACACCUCUCCAAAACCUGUAUAUGUACAGUAUGUAUGUAUGUAUAUAUGUAUGUACACUGUGUGUACAAAACAUUAGGAACACCGGCUCUUUCCAUGACAUAGACUGACCAGGUGAAUCCAGGUGAAAGCAAUCAAGUGUAGUUGAAGGGGAAGAGACCGGUAAAAGAAGGAUUUUUAAGCCAUGAGACAAUUGAGACAUGGACUGUAUGUGUGCCAUUCAGAGGGUGAAUGGGCAAGACAAAAUAUUUAAGUGCCUUUGAACGGGGUAUGGUAGUAGGUGCCAGGUGCACCGGUUUGAGUGUGUCAAGAACUGCAACGCUGCUGGGUUUUUCACACUCAACAGUUUCAUGCCAUGAUGAAUUGAGGCUGUUCUGAGGGCAAAAGGGGGUGGAACUCAAAAUUAGGAAGGUGUUCCUAAUGGUUUGUCCACUUUCAGAGGGGUGGGUUAAAAGCGGAAGUCAAAUUUCGGUUGGACCUUGUGUGCAAUUGACAAAUAAAGUGAUCUUAAUCUUAAUCUGAGCAAUAUGGAUGUCAAGAAUGUGUGCAUUGUGUGAUGCUUUUUGAUUAUUUUUUGGCACCACAGCAAAUGUCAACCUUCAUUUCCAAUGGACUACAAUGGUCAAUCUUAAACCCUCACUGCACUCUCUCACCUUUUGAGCGGGGAUACCAGUCCUUCAUCUCCAGGAGGCAUGAAAGGUUACCUCAUUCAAUAGUGAGACCCAUAGGCCCCCUGGAUGGUGUGAAACUGAGAAGGAAAGGCUGUGAUUGACUGGUGGAUUAUAAAGCAAUCAGUAAAUUUUUUAAAGAAGUGGAUCUCUCAGGGCUGACAAGGACUUCUGACAUACAGUUUCUUUUGUCAUGCUCUUCAGAUGGCCAAUGAGCUAAUCCUCUCAAAUCCAGCUCUGCCAGGACUGGACCAACUUCCUAGGACUACAACGUGACUACUUUGGACUACAACUCCCAUCAUUCCCUAAAGAGAAAUAUAACACAGCUCUGAUGGUGGAGAAGCUAUUUUGGGACUGUUGCCUUUUAAGGAGUUGUAUGGUUUUGUUUUCCUUGGACUAAUUUAAUCAACUGGAGGUUGAAUAAUGAACAAAGUCUGAUGGAGAUAAAAACACCUUUUGGAAAUGGUGCCAUGACAUGGUGCCACAGUUGGAAACAAACAUUUUAGGAAACGAACACAUCCACGUGCAUGUGUGAGUGCAUGUGUGUGUGUGUAUGUGUGUGUUUGCGUGCGUGUUUGCAUGUACGUAGGUGCAAUGUGUGUGAGACAUAUGUCUACUCAUCAGGGUGUUUUGAUUAAUGAUAUAUUAAUCAUCAUCUGAGAAUUCUUGUUCCCCUCCCUUUCCUCUUUAUGUUAUAGACAUUGAGGCCUAGCCCAGGGGUGGGGGCAGUACAGCAGGUUUUGGCCCCAGUACUGCGGUGUCGGCUGACUGGGCUCACUGGGCUGGCUGACUGACGGCUGCAGUACUGUAACUGUCAGCAGAUCCUAGAGACUUGAGUGUCACCAGCACCUUGCCAAAAUAGUCCUGGGUCGUUGUGGCUUUGGCUCUAUAUUUAUCCAGUGCUGUUUGUGCGUCCUACAGUGCAUUCGGAAAGUAUUCAGACCCCUUCCCUUUUUCCACAUUUUCUUACGUUACAGCCUUAUUCAAAAAUGGAGUAAAUAAUUGUUUUUCCUCAUCAAUCUACACACAAUAUCCAAUAAUGUCACAUUUAUAAAAACCAGACCCUUUGCUAUGAGACUUGAAAUUGAGCUCAGGUGCAUCCUGUUUUCAUUGAUCAUCCUUGAUAUGUUUCAACAACUCGAAUGGAGUCCAUCUGUGGAAAAUUCAAUUGAUUGGACAUGAUUUGGAAAGGCACACACCUGUCUAUAUAAGGUCCCAGAGUGUGCAUGUCAGAGCAAAAACCAAGCCAUGCGGUCGAAGGAAUUGUCCGUAGCGCUUCGAAACAGGAUUGUGUCGAGGCACAGAUCUGGGGAAGUGUACCAAAAAAUGUCUGCAGCAUUGAAGGUCCCCAAGAACACAGUGGCCUCCAUUAUUCUUAAAUGGAAGAAGUUUGGAGCCACCAAGACUAUUCCUAGAGCUGGCCACCCGGCCAAACGGAGCAUUCGGGGGAGAAGGGCCUUGGUCAGGGAGUUGACCAAGAACCCGAUGGUCACUCUGACAGAGCUCCAGAGUUCCUCAGUAAAAGGCACAUGACAGCCCGCUUAGAGUUUGCCAAAAGGCACCUAAAGGACUCCCAGAUCAUGAGAAACAAGAUUAUCUUGUCUGAUGUAACCAAGAUUGAACUCUUUGGCCUGAAUGCCAAGUGUCACGUCUGGAGGAAACCUGGCACCAUCCCUACGGUGAAGUGUGGUGGUGGCAGCAUCAUGCUGUGGGGAUGUUUUUCAGCAGCAGGGACUGGGAGACUAGUCAGGAUCGAGGGAAAGAUGAACGGAGCAAAGUACAGAGAGAUCCUUGAUGAACAUCUGCUCCAGAGUGCUCAGGACCUCAGACUGGGGUGAAGGUUCACCUUCCAACAGGACAACGACACUAAGCACACAGCCAAGACAACGCAGGAGUGGCUUCAGGACAAGUCUUUGAAUGUCCUUCAGUGGCCCAGCCAGAGCCCGGACUUGAACCUGAUCUAACAUCUCUGGAGAGACCUGAAAAUAGCUGCGCAGCGACACUCCCCAUCCAACCUGACAGAGCUUGAGAGGAUCUGCAGAGAAAAAUGGGAGAAACUCCCUAAAUACAGGUGUGCCAAGCUUAUAGCAUCAUACCCAAGAAGACUCGAGGCUGCCAAAGGUGCCUCAACAAGGUACGGAGUAAAGGGUCUGAAUACCUAUGUAAAUGUGAUAUUUCCAUUUUUUUUUUUUUAUACAUUUGCAAACAUUUCUAAACUUGUUUUUGCUUUGUCAUUAUGGGGUAUUGUGUGUAGAUUUGAGGGGGGGAAUAAGGCUGUACCGUAACAAAAUGUGGAAAAAGUCAACGGGUCUGAAUACUUUCCUAAUGCACUGUAUAGUGCUGUGUUGUUUCUUACAUAGUGCAUACUCAAUCUGGAGCAUCUAGAUUCAACUCUGAUUGCUGUUGAUUUGAUCACUAGUAUGCUGUGUAUCUCUAUAUGUAUAGGGUAGAUAGAACAUUGUUAACUGGGCCUGGGAUCUUGGCCCUGAUUCCACUUUAUGGGGAAUAGUGUUGUAGGCUAUUAGAAAGGUAGUAGUGUCAUGACAUUAUGUGAAGCUAAUUUGCUGUGCACUCUGUUUUGGUCUAUUGCUGAGAGAGAGAGUGUACUCUAGGUCAGUCAAUGGGAAUAGAAGAGGAGAGCAAGUCAGCUCUUUUAGAUCCCGUCCCUGAUUUGUCAUAAAGCGAACUCUCCCCUUGCAGGCAGGCAAGAAAUCUGCCCUCUUGUCAACUCAUGGGCCCACACAGCAACCUUAUAUAGCUGUAGUAGUCUGUUUGGCUAAAAGCCUUUAGCUGAGUUUAGCCCUCAAUCUGUUUAACAGGCAUAUCUAGGCCCUAACCCCCCUAGGACCUCUUCAUAUGAAUACCCCUCCCCAUGACAAAUAUGGACAGAUAACCCACUGGGCAAAGAUGUCAGUUCAAUGUCUAGUUUUGAUUUAUACUCUUAUCCAGAGUGAUUUACAGUAGUGAGUGCAUACAUUUUCAUACAUAGUAAAAACGUUGAUUCAAUCAGUUUGUGCCCAGUUGGACGUGUCUACAGGGUAAAACCUAUUAAUCUGACAAGUAAAUAGUGUGGACACUGAAAGUCAAACUUUCCUGGGACAUCCUGCUAUUGUACUAUUUUAACACUGUAUAAUAAUUCACCUCUGAUAUUUGGGCCACUGUUUUAUAUUUAUUCACAAAUAAAGAUUAUCCAAACAGGAACAUAAUAACUGCACAAAAAGACAUAAAGCAAGGGCCACUAUUGCUUGCAUCCUGCGGUUACUGGCUAGGAUCUAUAGGCCUACAAUCAGUGCCAGGCCAGCUAUUAUCAUUGCCCAUGAUGUGGAACAUGACAGGAACAUGCCUGGUUAUGGAACUUGCUAUGCAAUAAAAGUAACUGCACAGAAGCACUGAUAAAUGGUCCUUUAUGCCAGUCUGUGUGUCUGUGUGUGUAUGUUUGGGUGCCUGCACCUCCUUUUAUGAAGUGUGAGGAGAUCUGUGAAAGCAGGGUUGCACCUGUUGCUAUCCAAACACCCAGUUACCCCAACACAGUCUGCAGAACUGUUAUCCAGCCCCGUCUGAAUGCAUGCCACAGAUGUGGCAACAUCAUUGGUUGAACUGGUUGUCAGACAUAAGGGUCAAGUUUCACACAGAUUUAGAAAGUGCAUGGACAGCGCUCUGAGUCCCAGGCUUUUAUGGUGGUGGAACUGGAAGGAAAUGUGUGUGAAAUAAGACAAGAAAUAAGAGAAGACAACAACAUUUCUGUUUGCUGUAGUGUGUACACAGUAAACUGAGUAUAACACCUAUCCCUCCAGCAAACCCACAAAGCUGAGGGUGUGGAAGUGAAUGCAUAUACAUGUCCUUACAGAACACUGAUAAAUAAACUUGAAAACAAACUCCCUGUAUGUCCCUAUAAGUUGUCCAUACAUGACAGAGAGGAUAUUCCUGCUCAGGCAUAAGGGUGCCACUGUAUGUAUUCAGUUUAUAUGACAGAUUCUUUUAUUUCACAGCUUGCAGCUCAGGUCCUUGACGACAUUGAUGAUGAGGAGAUUGGAUUCGGCCUUGUUGAUGAAAAGAAGGGCAGUAUUGUUGCUAAGAAACUAGGUAAAUACAUACUGAAAUAGACACUAUUACCUUUAUUCAAGAUUGGUAUGAUUAUUUAAAGUUCUGAGGUCAGUUAUGGCGAAAUGUUUCCAUCUUUCACAUGAUCCAUCUAAGCAUCACCACUGACCAGGUGGACUAAACUACCUAAUAAACUAAACUACCUGACCUGUCUCACUGGAUGCAUCUCAAUAGUCAUAAGUGGAUUCCUCUCCUCGUCUUGCCUCCUUCAUUUGCACCGAUCAGGUGGACAUGGCGGACGCCUGUCGCCCACUGAGACAUCACCUUUUUAAUUAUCUAAUCUCAGUGAUGAUGAAGGAAAGGAAACAAGGAAACUAAGCCACAUUGAGAUGCACCCAAUGUGUCACUGUGCUAAGGCAGUCCAUAAGAAAGCCUGACCUCUAGUGGAUUUAAGGGUAUAUGGAACCCCUGAGUAGAACCUCUGUUUUCUCCUCAGGACUGGAGGAGGUCGACAGCAUCUACAUCUUCACCGAGGACGAGAUCAUUGAGUAUGAUGGGGAGCUUGCUGCAGACACAAUUGUGGAGUUCAUCUUUGAUGUACGUGAGAAUAAUGUCACCCAGUUAUGUCCUCUUUUACCUGGCUUCAAUUUGUAGAAACAGACUAUUUGUCCACUACUGAUAUAUCCUGUACUGUUUCUUUCUCUUUCCCAUCCCCAUGCAUCUCUCUUUUACUCUGUUCUAGGUUCUUGAAGACCCAGUUGAGAUCAUUGAGAAAGACGGGGAAGUUAAAGGUUUCCACAACAUUGAGGAGGACAUCAAACUGGUGGGCUACUUUAAGAGUGAAAAGUCUGAACGUAAGAAUCUAUCAUGUAUUCCUUUAACAUUGUAAUUUCGCAUAUGUUUUUACUGUAUGGUAUAAGUCUGCUCAUGUGUAUACUAUUUUAUGGAUAAAACAAUGUAUUUACAGUGUAUUUGUCAACAAAAAAUCUGAAUUAUUUAGAUAUUUAAUAAGGUCUUAACGGAUGCCUGUAACAUUUCAGAUUAUUUGGCCUAUGUGGACGCGGCUGAGGAGUUCCAUCCACACAUCAAGUUCUUCGCUACAUUCACUCCCAAGGUGAACAACCUUACCCACUAACAACUACAUCCUAAAAAGUACACCGGAGCUCUACUCUCCUCAAACUGUAGCCCAUUGCUCUUUCUGACCAGUCCUCUGUGUUCCAGGUUGCCAAAGAUCUGGACCUGAAGGUGAAUGAAGUGGACUUCUAUGAGCCCUUCAUAGAUGAACCCAUAGUUAUCCCUGGAAAACCAUACACAGAGGAGGAGCUUGUUGCGUACAUUGAGGAUCACGACAGGUGAGAUUCAUGAACACAGUGGCCAGAAUGGCACAAUAUACACUACAUGACCAAAAGUAUCGUCGAACAUCUAAUUCCAAAAUCAUGGGCAUUCAUAUGGAGUUGGUCCCCCCUUUGCUGCUAUAGCAGCCUCCACUCUUCUGGGAAGGCUUUCCACUAGAUGUUGGAACAUUACUGCGAGGAUUUGCUUCCAUUCAGCCACAAGAGAAUUAGUGAGGUCGGGCACUGAUGUUGGUCGAUUAGGCCUGGCUCGCAGUCGGCAUUCCAAUUCAUCCCAAAGGUGUUUGAUGGGGUUGAGGUCAGGGCUCUGUGCAGGCCAGUCAAGUUCUUCCACACCGAUCUCGACAAACCAUUUCUGUAUGGACCUCGCUUUGUGCAUGGGGGCAUUGUCAUGCUGAAACAGGAAAGGGCCUUCCCCAAACUGUUGCCACAAAGUUGGAAGCACAGAAUCGUCUAGAAUGUCAUUGUAUGCUGUAGUGUUAAGAUUUCCCUUCACUGGAACUAAGGGGCCUAGCCCGAACAAUAAAAAACUGCCCCAGACCAUUAUUCCUCCUCCACCAAACUUUACAGUUGGAACUAUGCAUUGAGGCAGGUAGUGUUCUCCUGGCAUCCGCCAAACCCAGAUUCGUACGUUGGACUGCCAGAUGGUGAAGCGUGAUUCAUCACUCCAGACAACACGUUUUCACUGCUCCAGAGUCCAAUGGCGGCGAGCUUUACACCACUCCAACCGACGCUUGGUAUUGCGCAUGGUGAUCUUAGGCUUGUGUGCGGCUGCUCGGCCAUGGAAACCCAUUUCAUGAAGCUCCCGACUAACAGUUCUUGUGCUGAAGUUGCUUCCAGAGGCAGUUUGGAACUGAGUGUUGCAACCGAGGACAGACAAUUUUUACGCACUACGUGCUUCAGCACUCGGCAGUCCCGUUCUGUGAGCUUGUGUGGCCUACCAUUUCACGGCUGAGCCGUUGUUGCUCCUAGACGUUUCCACUUCACAAUAACAGCACUUACAGUUGACCGGGACAGCUCUAGCAGGGUAGAAAUUUGACGAACUGACUUGUUGGAAAGGUGGCAUCCCAUGACGGUGCCACGUUGAAAGUCACUGAUCUCUUCAGUAAGGCCAUUCUAGUGCCAAUGUUUGUCUAUGGAGAUUGCAUGGCUGUAUGCUUGAUUUUAUACACCUGUCAGCAACGGGUGUGGCCGAAAUAGCCGAAUCCACUAAUUUGAAGGAGUGUCCACAUACUUUUGUAUAUAUAGUAUAUGAUGAGGAGAGCCAGGAAUUUUUUCCUGGCUGUGUGAUUUGACUUGGAAAAACUCCAGGCCCUAUAACUAGGUGUAAAGGGAAUUUUCAGGUUAACCAAAAGGAGAGCAGUCGUUGAUUAAAUCAAUCAAAAUCAACAGUUGCAACUGAGAGACACCUCCAGAGAAAAUGUCUAACGGGCCUAUUGGAAACAGUACUAAAUGUUCAAUAAACGUCAACCCGAGAGGUUUGUACGAAGUCAAAACAAAAGACAGUGACUUUGCCAGCUGCUACAGAAUCACAGUGUUCAUAAUGUCAUCAAUUCAAUAAUAAUCAGUGUGUCAUAUGUCCUUGUACCUUCAGUAGCUCUUGCGUCAAUCACUAUGAAACGAGAUGAGAUUAAUCCAUAACAUUCAGCAACAAGUCUAGCGACCAUCAACCCAUACACAAAUUGAGUUUCACAAAUAGAGCACUGAAAAUAAUGUGCAUUGCAGAAAGGGAAAACAUAGAAAAUAUGCUAAGCAUUGUGUUCAUCUUAAAUAUUCCCAGUAAACUUCCUCAUUGAACAAUAAAAAAAUAAAUUGCAUCCUAUUUCUUUACAGACCAACCCUGAGGAAGAUGGAACCAGAUAACAUGUAUGAGAUCUGGGUAAGCUAUACCAACUAUUCCCAUAAAAAUGUAAUUUAUCUCACCCUACUUUUACCCUUAACCCAAUGACAUGGUUAAAUGUUUUGUGGAUUUUAUGUUUAAUUCACGUUAGUUUACAACUCAAUCAAAUGUAAAUCAAAACUAAAUGUUUAAAUGUCUGUGGCCAGUGGGUAGUCUAUUUGUAUUUAUCAGGGAUCCCUGCCAAGGCAGCAGCUACUCUUCCUGGGGUCCAAACAUAUUAAGGCACUUACAUUACAUAUAAAACAAAAUAUAAAACAGUACAUCAUAUAACAUUAUUACACCACUACAUAUCUACAAUACAAAAGUAUAAUACCACCAUACAACAAUAUUACAAUGUACGUGUGUGUAGAGUGCAUGUGCUAGCGCUUGUGUGCGUAUGCGUGUGUCUGUACCUUCGUGUGUGUCUCUUCACAGUCCCCACUGUUCAAUAAGGUAUAUUUGUAUUCGUUUUUUAAAAUCUAAUUCUACUGCUUGCACCAGUUACCUGAUGUGGAAUAGAGUUCCAUGUAGUCAUGGCUCUAUGUAGUACUGUGCGCCUCCCAUUGUCUGUUCUGGACAUGGGGAUUGUGAAGAGACCUCUGGUGGCAUGUCUUGUGGGGUAUGCAUGGGUGUCCGAGCUGUGUGCUAGUAGUUUAAACAGACAGCUCGGUGCAUUCAGCUCGGUGCAUUCUAUAUUCCCCAUCUCACUUUUCUCACUUUUCUUAGGAGGACGACAUCGAUGGCGAGCACAUCAUUGCAUUCGCAGAGGAGGACGACCCAGGUACAGAACUAAAGGGGCAACUAAUGAGUCAAUAGGACUGGGUAGGGGAGGAAGGAACCAUUUUCAGCAAGAGGGGUUUCAUAAGGCUUAUGUGCAUUUAACCCUUGAUCUUGUGACUUUCCAGAUGGUUUUGAGUUCCUGGAAAUCCUGAAGGAAGUAGCAGAGGAGCACAAUGAUAAUCCCAACCUUAGCAUUGUCUGGAUUGACCCAGAUGACUUCCCCCUGGUAAGAUCAUGUUCAUGGCUUGUCACUUAUCAAUACAAUAAGAUCCAUCUAUCCAAUUUCCCCCAUUUAGAUAUGGUGGACAAAGAUAUGAGAUUCUGAUUACUGUUGCUUUCUUCCUGGAAUAUUAUCCUUCCUCUUUAGCUUGUCCCAUACUGGGAGAAGACCUUUGGAAUUGACCUGGGCUCUCCCCAGAUUGGUGUUGUGGAUGUUGAAGAUGUGAGUAACGUUCCUGUUAUGAUCCAAAUUGUUCUGUACGAGGAGCCAUGUGGUUCCACUAGCAUAAAAAAAAAUCCAAUAGUCUAUCUUUGGCAUUGAAUUGCUUUUUCUCUCUCUAUAGGCUGACAGUGUAUGGAUGGAAAUUGACGAUGAUGACGACCUGCCAAGCGCAGAUGAGCUUGAGGAAUGGAUCGAAGAUGUU